AUGGUCCGGCUUUCCAAGCUCCUCGUGGCGGGCUCCCUGCUGGGCAACGUGCUCGCCGACACAGGCAAUCUCGGCCAGCUCUGCGGUGCCGACGAAGCUGCUUGCUCUUGCAACUGGGCCGGCGACUCCGAAAGCAUGAACACUUCGACGAAGUCGCUGCGGAGUGGCACUGUCACUGUGGAGGCCACCGCACCAACACUGGUGGAGGCGGAGCGCAAGAAGGAGAAGGGCGUUCGCGGCCGUGGUCCAUCCAUGAAGGUGAUGCGGGCCCAGCGCGCUGACAGCACGUAG